AUGGGGGACAACAAUCGCGAACGUGUCCAUGCAGGAUCGCCGCUUAUGGAGGAGAGGCGGGAGAUUGAACACUUGAGGGAUGUCGAUGGAAUUGAUGAGACAUCGAAGAGCGGAUGGUAUUUGUUUUUACUGACGGUUUCUAUUGGAGGAUUACAGAUUGUGUGGUCUGUGGAGUUAUCUAAUGGCUCGCCAUUUUUGCUGUCCCUUGGGAUGAGCAAGUCGCUCCUUGCUUUUGUUUGGAUCGCCGGGCCCUUGACGGGGACAUUGGUGCAGCCUUAUAUUGGUAUUCGAAGCGAUAAUUGCCGCAUGGCGUGGGGCAAGAGGAAACCAUUUAUGGUUGUUGGGAGUGCUGCGACGAUUGUUGCUUUGCUGUUGCUUGCGUGGGUAAAGGAGAUCGUUGGUGGGUCUUUGUCUCUCUUUGGUGCCGACCCGGCGUCGAGUGGGACCAAAGUCAUGGUUAUUAUUGUGGCCACGAUUCUUAUGUAUUGUCUGGAUUUUGCGAUCAAUACCGUGCAAGCUGGAGUUCGAGCAUUCAUUGUUGACAAUUGUCCGCCUCAUCAGCAGGAACUGGCUAAUGCUUGGGCUAGUCGAAUGACUGGUGUUGGUAGUAUCCUGGGUUACAUCUUCGGAUAUUUGGACUUACCCAGGAUUCUACCAUUUUUUGGAAAUACUCAGUUCAAAGUUUUGUGUGCACUUGCUUCUAUCUCUUUGAUCGCCACACUGGCACUGAGUUGUUCAUACAUUCAAGAGCGGGAUCCCAGACUUGAUGGACCCCCACCCUCCGAUGGACUUGGCCUCAUCUCCUUCUUCAAGCAGGCAUUUAAGUCUAUUCGAAAUCUGCCACCGCAGAUUGCCCGUUACAAGUGGCUGCAUGGGUGGGCUGGUUCCCAUUCCUUUUUCUACUCUACAACAUACAUCGGUCAACUCUACGUCAACCCGAUUUUCGCAGAGCACCCUGACCUCCCAGAAGAUCAGAUCGACAAAACGUGGGAGGAUGCCACUCGAAUUGGAACAUUUGCUCUUUUAAUCUACGCCAUUAUCUCGUUUAUUGCGAACACUAUUCUCCCACUAUUUGUGGUUCCCACAUAUGAUUCGAAGGUACCCAUUGCACAACAUGAAGAGCACGAACAGUUUGACGAAGAGGAGCCUAUUCCACGCCGCUUAUCAUUCUCAAGCAUGCCAACAAGCACCGCGGAAGAGCCGCUCAUUGACGCUGCAGCCGACAAGGGUGUCGAUUCAGGAAAUCCCACGUGGCUGUCACGAAUGCAGAUACCAGGGUUGACUCUCCGUCGAACCUGGCUUUUAUCUCAUAUCUUGUUUGCGCUCUGCAUGUUUAGCACAUUUUUUAUCUCCUAUUAUCCAGCAGGGUCCGUUGUCAUCGGAUUCGUUGGCGUUUCAUGGGCUGUUACUCUCUGGGCACCGUUUGCAUUGAUAUCCGCUGAGGUUUCUCGCAUUGAGGUCCAGCGCCGGUUGAAUCGUCAUAGGAGUAUACAUGCAGAGCGUGCCACACAACACCAUAGCUCCUCUGGAUCUUACGCACCUGUGGCCAGCGAAGACGAACAUCAAGACCAUGAUAUCAGCGAGAAUGAUCUCGAAGAAGGCCCCAAGCAUGGACCAGAAGACGAUCUUAUUCAAGCCGGUAUCGUCCUCGGAAUCCACAAUGUGGCCGUUUCCUUCCCGCAGAUUUUCUCCAGUCUUGCCUGCAGCGCCAUCUUCAAAUUGGCUCAGAAACCACGGGGGGCACCCUGGGAUGAUAGCGUGGGCUGGGUCCUUCGAUUUGGUGGAUGCGCAGCAUUAGUCGCAGCGUGGCUCACUAGGAGGUUAUCCGAGGGAACUCAUUAA